GUGUCGCCAAACGGCCAAUAGGGGGCAUGGCCAGGCACCACUCAGGUAGUAAAAGGGGCAGAUCCGAGGACCAGAUACGAGCAGCGGAGGAGUCUGUGUGAGCUCAACUCACACCCCUCGCUCUUCUCAGCGGCCCCUCGCUCCGUACUACAACCUCCGCUCCUCCUGGACGCCAUGGUGGCUAAAAACAGAAAACAGACCGGGAAGAGUCCGGCUACCCAGGCGGACCGCGACAAGAGCCCGCUCGUCUCGCCUCCUGGCAAAAGUAAUGUUCGGCGAUCAGGCAAGGAGGGCAAAGCCUUCAGCAGUCCGCAUUCAAACGGGCUUUCAGGCAUCAGACACAAGCUCGGGCUAACUCCGUCUGCGGUCGUGAAGCUGGGCAUCACUCUUCUCCUCGCUGCUCUGACUGGAUACCUGCACUGGCAUCACCUCUCACAACUGUUUGAGAAUGACAGGCACUUUUCACACCUGUCUAACCUGGAAAAGGAAAUGGCCUUUCGAACAGAGAUGGGUUUGUACUAUUCCUACUACAAGACCAUUAUUGAAGCUCCUUCUUUCCUGGACGGCCUCCACAUGGUCAUGAACGAUCGUCUGACAGAGUAUCCCCUGGUUAUUAACACGCUGAAGAGAUUCAAUCUUUAUCCAGAGGUGGUCCUGGCUAGCUGGUACAGACUGUAUACUGGUGUAAUGGGCUACUUUGGGAUUCCCACCAAGAUGUGCUGGUCCAUCAACAGAGGAGAGGGACUCACUCCGGUGGACAGCUGUGAGGGGAUGGGUGACCCAGCAUAUUUCUACGUUGCCUGUGUGUUCCUGCUUAAUGGUGUGAUGAUGAGCCUGUUCUUCAUUUAUGGUGCUUACCUCAGUGGUAGUCGACUGGGCGGCAUUGUUACCACCAUGUGUUUUUUCUUCAAUCAUGGUGAGAGCACUCGCGUGAUGUGGACUCCACCUCUGAGGGAGAGCUUUGCCUACCCCUUCCUUGUCUUGCAGAUGCUCCUUCUCACUUAUAUCCUGCGGACACGGAACCCGAACAGGACAGCCAUGGUUGCUCUGGGUGUCUCCAAUUUGUGCUUUAUGCUGCCUUGGCAGUUUGCCCAGUUUGUGCUGCUUACCCAGGUGGCUUCCCUGUUUGCUUCGUACAUCCUGGGUUAUCUAGCCGCGGCCAAGAUGCAGUCCAUCUUAGUCACUCAUAUGAUCACGCUCAGUGUUUGUUUCAUCCUGAUGUUUGGGAACUCCAUGCUCCUUACGUCAUUCUAUGCCUCCUCUCUUGUCUCCAUCUGGGUGAUCAUUGCAUUGAGGGAUCGAUUUGCUCAAGUCUUCAGACCUGGCAUCGUCAUCUGGGUCAUGCAGGGUCUAGCUUGGGUCAUCGCCACUGUUCUGCUCAAAUUCAUGUUGUCCACAAUCUUCGGUGCUUCAGAUGAUGCUCACAUCAGUGGACUAAUCAAGUCCAAGUUCACGAGCUACAAGGACUUCCACACUCUGAUGUACACAUGUGCAGCUGAAUUUGACUUCAUGGAGUUGGAGACUCCUGUACGUUAUCUCAAAACGUUGCUGCUGCCCAUCAAUGUGCUGGUGGUGACUCUCAUUGCAGGCAGAACUGUUCAGGAUAUACUCCGAUCCCUGAGGCAUGGAGGGAAGACAUCUGUCAAGCCUGACGACGCGGAUGAAGCUGCAGUGUCUGAAAUAGCUGCAAAAGGAGAGCUGGUGUACCACAGUCUGCAACUGGUGGCGUUUACUGUCCUGGCCAUCCUCAUCAUGCGCCUGAAGCUCUUCUUAACGCCCCACAUGAGCAUCAUGGCGUCACUGAUCUGCUCCAAACAGUUGUUUAGCUGGAUUGGGGAGAAGCUUAAGCACCAAACUGUGGUUUUCGUAGUCCUGGCCAUCAUGGCCAUUCAGGGAGUUGCCAACCUGCAGGCCCAGUGGGCAAUCAUCGGAGAAUUCAGCAACUUGCCACAGGAGGAGCUACUGGACUGGAUCCAGGACAACACCGCUCCAGAUUCUGUGUUUGCUGGAGCCAUGCCCACCAUGGCCAGCGUGAAGCUCUCCACAGGACGGCCCAUUGUCAACCACCCGCACUAUGAGGACGCUGGUCUGAGGGAGAGAACCAAACUGGUCUACUCCAUGUACAGCCGCAUGUCCGGAGAGACCGUGAAGAGGAAUCUGAUGAAGCUGGGAGUGGACUUCUUUGUCCUGGAGGAUUCUUGGUGCACCAGGAGAACCAGGCCUGGGUGCAGCAUGCCAGAGAUCUGGGAUGUUGAGGAUCCGCAAAAUGUUGGUAAAGUUCCCCUUUGCAACCACAUGUCCAGGAACUCAAGACCCCACUUCACCACAGUCUUUUCAAAUGACAUUUAUAAAGUUCUCAAAGUCCCCAAAGUCAGAUAACAGUGUUGGACAGUGUGGUAAACCUGUUCUUUCCACCACUUCUUGCCACUUUUUACUUUCCAAAACACCUACAGUUCCACUGAUUCACUGAGCGGUGGUCUAAUAUUUGGUUGGAUACGCCACAAUGGAGUCUGACAACUCUUGUUGGCCUCACAGUUGUCAGUAAGUCUGGUUCUCAUCACUCUUAUUUCUGCAUCUUUCUUGUUUUCUCAUUCUUGCCCCAGUGCAAGCCAGAAGCUAUUGUAGCUCUUCAUCUAGCUGUUGCAUCACUUCUGUUACUUAGAAUAAGGUAACUUCUGUUACCUUAUUUUAAGGGAUGGCAUUUAUUCAUCAGUAUAGUUUUUUGUUUGUUUAUUUUACCUUGAAUUUUAUUUUAUUUUUAACCUUUGCUUCAGAAGUAAAUUUUGUCUAGCAGGACCAAUCAGUAUUGUCCACAUACUGUGAAGCAAUACCUUUUGCAAACUUGACAAAAGAUGACUUCUUCAAUUGUUAUGUACAGUGCUGAUCUCUGAAAAGAUUUUUUAGCAGUAGACUAUUUUUAUAAUUUAUUGGUGUGAGCAUUUUUAUGCAACUUUACGGUUAUCUUGUUGAAGCAGAUUGUGUUAAGAGUAUUUUGGGAAUCACUGGGUGAAAAUUUUUGUGUUUCAAAUCUUUUAAUAUUUUUAAUACAUAUCAUAAAGCAGUGGUGUCCGGACUGAAUUCACUCAAGUAAAAUUUCAAUCAAAUUCCGUUAAUUUUUUGUGUAUAUGGCCAAACAUAUUAAAAAGAACAAACUGAUUUCUCCAAAAUAUCCUGUAAAAACAGUUUUUGUAAAUACCCAAAUUGUUGUUUUGUAAAAUACUGAUGUACAGCCGUUAAAAGGUUCUGUUCUUCUUGAAUGAUUGUUUUCUGCCAAAUCAAGUCUGUUAUUAAAGCUGCUUAUUAAGUGUACUGUAGCACAUGAAGGAUGUCUCUUUAUCAACUUCUGCAACAGGCAAUCCAAACUAUUAGUAGCAGCAAAGUUGAUUUCGUCCAGCAACAUUAAUUAGUGAAUUUAGGGCCUGGACACUCAAAUCUGACAUACCGUUAUCAAAAGCCGACUGUGACAUUGCCUCUUGUCUCUUGUGUCUGGACCAAAAAGUUACACUUAACAUCCCAGCAGGUGGCAGUAGUCUGUAUUUAUUAUUGAAAAGUGGAAAACAGAAAACCUACUAUGCGCCAGGAAGCUAGGAAGAGCUGUCAUAUAGAGAUGGUGUCUCCUGAUUCCUGCUGAUCAGAUGGUCUCUACACUUUGGACCAUUUGUUUACGUUUUUCACAUGCCUGUCUUCUCUUCUUAUGCACUGGUUUGCUAAGCUGAGGUCAGAGGUCUGACCAUUGCUAAAAUUGUGGGAUGCACCAGAGUGAAAUGGGUUGAUUGACUCUAACUAACAGACACACAAACGGCUGACCAUCAGCUUAUUGGAAGUGACAGACGAUUCAUAUGCACGUGCAUAUGCAAUAAAAAUGUAGCUACGGGUAGGAUGCUGUGGUCAUGCUUAUCAUAAAAGCUGGGGAAACGGCUAGCCUGGCUCUGUCAGAAGGUCAAAAAACUACCUACCAGAGCUUAAAUAAGCAGAUUGUUACUACUACUGACUGAUUAGCCAUGGCAUUGUAACUGCGUGUGUAGGUUAAAAAUGAAUCCAUUUUUUUGGCUUUUUAUCUGUACUAAAUGAUGAGAUAUGAGCAAAACUACUUUCAUGUUUACACUUUUCACUUGAAAAGUGUAAAGGACUGCUGGACUAGCCUGAAGAGCCUCUGUAAAACCACAUUUUCUGUGUUUUUGGUUGCUACAGAUAAUACUCAAGAGAAAUAUCCUAGGUGGUGUUAGGCAGAUUUGUAGAAUUGGACCAUCUGCUUCCCAUAGUUUUUUCAGUGUUUUUGCCAUUCUAAAACAAUCUACCUACUUGUUUAGCAGUAGCUUCAUAUUUAUCAGACGGACACCAGAGUGGCAUGAAUCUUUUGAAAAUGGGUCCAAACCUUCCCAUUAGAAGGAUGAGGCACCAUGUUGUCAACAUGCGCAAUAUUUAAAGAGUUUUCUGCUGGACUCUUUGUCCUGACAAUUUUUUACUUAUUAAAUAUUACUGUUCAUACAGUCCACAUGUCAUCAGAACAGAGGACUUUGUGGUGUAGAAAUGAUAUUGUGAGGCCUUGGUGUGUUUUGGAUGUCUUUUACAAUAUUUGUCUAUUUUGUCUGUUUUUUUUUUUUAAAUAAAUAAAUGAAAUGCUUGCCACAAUCA